UUUAGAGCCGCCCUACCCCCGCGCGGGGGGCGGGCCGGGCCGCGCUCCGCUCUCCGCGUAGCUCCCAGGCGGCAGAGGGCCUUGCGCAGCGAGACCAGGCGUCGUCCCGCGCGGUCUUCGGGUGCAGGGCCGCGGGCGGGCCAAGCCGGAUACCCCAGUCCUUGGCAGUCCCCCGAGGCUCACAGAGUGCUUCUGCGGAGCCUCGCCGCACGCAGGCAGGGUGGCCACUGCCGUGGGUGUGGAGGUGCCUGACAAGAUGAAGAGUCGAAUCCCAGUGGUGCUCCUGGCCUGUGGCUCCUUCAAUCCCAUCACCAACAUGCACCUGCGCUUGUUUGAGGUGGCCAGAGACCACCUACACCAAACAGGAAUGUACAAGGUGAUCGGGGGCAUCAUCUCUCCUGUCAACGACAACUACAGAAAGAAAGACCUCGUAGCUGCCCACCACCGGGUGGCCAUGGCCCGGCUGGCCCUGCAGACGUCCGACUGGAUCCGGGUGGACCCCUGGGAGAGUGAGCAGGCGCAGUGGAUGGAGACGGUGAAGGUGCUGAGGCAUCAUCACAGUGAACUGCUCAGAUCUCUGCCCCAGACGGAAGGCCCGGACCAUGGCAGGGCUCACUCCUUGGCCCCAACAGCUGUGCCUGAGCUGAAACUCCUCUGCGGGGCAGAUAUCCUGAAGACCUUCCAGACCCCCAACCUCUGGAAAGAGGCACACAUCCAGGAAAUAGUGGAGAAGUUUGGCAUGGUGUGUGUGAGCCGGACAGGUCACAACCCAAAGGAAUACAUCUCAGGUUCAGCCAUCCUGCAGAGGUACCAGCACAACAUUCACCUGGUCAGGGAGCCCGUGCAGAACGAGCUCAGCUCCACGUACAUCAGGCGGGCCUUGAGCCAAGGGCAGAGCGUCAAGUACCUGCUCCCAGACGCUGUCAUCACCUACAUCAAGGAGCACAACCUCUACACCGGGGAUAGUUCCUAGAAAGACAGCACCCAGAGGAAUGAAGGACAAGCUGGGGAGGGCCAACCACCCCUCCACGAAGCUCCUCCUGAGGAGAAGGCAGUCAAGGUCCUCGGCUGUUUUCUUUGUGGUGGUUGUUUUGCUUUUCCAUUUUCCUUUGUUUUAUGUAGACAAUGAUUUUCUUUCCGAGGAGUCUUCUGUCCCAGGAAGAGGAACAGGCGUCUACACAAGAACGGACGUUUAUCAAAGAAGUUAAAAGGGUGCGGCAGGUCAGGAGAACUAGACAAGAGCUCUCAAAACCUCUCGCUGCGGAGGUCUUCUUAUUUGGUUAAGUGGUGACUCUGCCGUGCACACAGAUGAAGGCAGUUCUGCACGAGGCACGGGCCCCUGAGGGUCGGAUCAGAAUUGCCCACACUAGUUUUUUUAACUAGGACCAGGUGCAGCAUGCUGGUCUUGAUUGGAGAGACUUGACAGGAUGCUAAUUACCAAACAGUGGGCUUUGUCGAUGCCUUGUUGCAACAAAACAAUACUAAUUGAGGAGUCAAACAUUUGGAAGCAGCACUUUGCUGAUUCACUUUGAAUCUUCCCUUAAGAGCCACCCGGCUGCCUGCCUAGGCUGUAGAUAAAAUUUAAACUAAAAUCUUUCUAAGUAGUAACCCUCAAAUAAUAUUUUUGAUACAGUGGAUAUUUUUAACAUGACUUUUUAAAUCAAUGCCAGGGCUCCUGAUUUCCAAGUUUCUAAAAAGGAAUGGAGGUGGGGCGCCUGGGUGGCUCAGUCGGUUAAGCGUCCGACUUCACCUCAGGUCACGAUCUCGCCGUCUGUGAGCUCGAGCCCCGCGUCGGGCUCUGGGCUGACGGCUCAGAGCCUGGAGCCUGCUUCAGAUUCUGUGUCUCCCUCUCUCUGACCCUCCCCCGUUCAUGCUCUGUCUCUCUCUGUCUCAAAAAUAAAUAAGCGUUAAAAACAUUUUUUUUAAAGGGAUGGAGGUAAAACAGAUGCCUUGACUAUUUUAAAGGAUCUUUUUGAAUGUUUUAUGACUACCUGCCUGUUUGAAUAUUGGCAAAGGGAUAAAUAAUAAAUUGACAUCAAAAAAUACUAAUGAAAAUUUUCUCUUUUUUCUUCCUUUGUUAUAUUAUUAAUGCCUGAUGUACCAGCUGUUGCUUUCUUUUUAGCUACUCCAUGAAAUUUGCUGCCGUUCCAGUGGAACUGAUAUGAAUUCAUAAAAGUUUAUAUUCCCAGGUACCAACAAUGGAGAAGCAAUUGCUUUUCAACACCUUGCAAAGGGGCUGUAAUCUGUAGCUCCGGGUCGAUGGCUCUGUUCAGGUGGGCUCUGAAAGAUGAGAAAAGAUGAGAUGAGGUUCUCACAUGUGUUGAGGAUUUUCAUCCCACUCCUGAUUAAGAAGAGGUUUUAAUUGGUCUAAUUCUGUUUGAGUUUGUGCUUUACACUUGCUGACCAAAUGACUGAAUGUAUUCAAAAUUUACUUCUCCAUACUUUUACCCUCAUUCAUCCUUGCUACAGAUUUAGUCAUGCAGAAAAACAAAGGGCCAGUCAGGAAGAAUCUAGCAUCUUCCCAAACAUAUCCCAGCGUUCGUGUGUGUGUGUGUCAUGAUAAAGAGGAGUAAAGUAGGCCAUCAGGGUUCCAGGGUCUAGAGUAGUGGGGCCCUCCUGGGGGGGGAGGGGGCUCCCCUACACCUCCACCCCCUGCAAGCUCUAAAGCUGUUAGCCAUUCCCUGCCCUGACUGAGCUCUGCACCCCAUGGGGUCUCUAAGAACCCUGAUAAUGCAGGGGAAUAGGAAUCAAACAGCCUUGUCCACAGUCAGCUGUGUGACUUUGACCAGCUCCCUUCCACACUGUGAGCCUCAGUUUCCCAAACUCUAAAAUGGGGCAGUUCGAAUAAAUUCUCCUCUAGCUCUGGUUUUCUGAGGCACUGAGUGUCCUACUUCAGCCUGCCCACCCUUCUUUGGGUCCGGUCCACUUCUAGCUACACUGGGAGCUCUCCAAGGGCAGAGGGUCUUCAUUUUUGUUUACUGGUGUACCCUAUGUGCCAAGAAAUUUGCUGUUUCAAACACGGUCACAGGACACAGUGUUUGCAUCCCCUGGGAGCUGGAUAGAAAUGCAGACUCUCAGGCCCCACCCCAGACCUACUAACUCAGAAUCUGCAUUUUAAUAAGAUUCCCAAGCCAAUAAACAUACUAGCCUAUUACAAUACACAUUAGUUUUAUUUUUUAAUAAACUGAAUAUCUGAUUGAAAUUGCAUGACGUUUACUCUGGUGAAUAUCUCCCUUCUUAUCCUCUGAGCAGCAUUUCCCCAGUUUUCUGUAUGGAGUAUCAAAAGCAAACAACUGGGGUGCCUGAGUAGCUCAGUGGGUUAAGCGUCUGACUUAGGAUUUCGGCUCAAGUUGUGAUCUUGCAGUUCAUGGGAUCGAACCCCACAUCGGGCUCUGCACUGAUGAUGUGCAGAGCCUACGUGGGAUUCUCUCUCUCUCUCUCUCUGCCCCUUCCCUGCUCG